AUGUCCUCUGGCCAUGGUGGGUUCACUGUGUGUGGGCUUGAGCUACAGCAUGGUGGAUUCCCACCAAGGAUCCCUAAAAGAUUACUAGUGGAUAUCUAUCAUCCUCACAAAGCUAAUGCUGAGGAGAUGACCAAGUACCACAGUGAUGACUACAUUAAGUUCUUGCGUUCCAUUUGCCCAGAUAACAUGACUGAGUACAGCAAGCAGAUGCAGAGAUUCACUGUUGGUGAGGACUGUCCAGUGUUUGAUGGCUUGUUUGAGUUAUGCCAGCUGUUUACUGGUGGCUCUGUGGCAAGUGCUGUGAAACUGAAUAAGCAGCAGACGAACAUCGCUGUGAACUGGGCUGGGGGUCUGCAUCAUGCAAAGAAGUCUGAAGCAUCUGAUUUCUGUUACAUCAAUGAUAUCAUCUUGGCCAUCCUGGAACUGCUAAAGUAUCACCAGAGGGUGCUGUAUAUUGACAUUGAUAUUCACCAUGGCGAUGGUGUGGAAGAGGCCUUCUAUACCACAGACCGGGUCAUGACUGUGUCCUUUGAUAAGUUUGGAGAGUACUUCCCAGGAACUGGGGACCUACGGGAUAUUGGGGCUGGCAAAGGCAAGUACUAUGCUGUUAACUACCCCCUCCGAGAUGGGAUCGAUGAUGGGUCCUAUGAAGCCAUUUUCAAGCCAGUCAUGUCCAAAGUAAUAAAGAUGUUCCAGCCUAUUGCAGUGGUCUUACAGUGUGGCUCAGAU